AUGAACCAUUCUAUUGAUUAUUAUAAUAAGUAGUAACAAAAGUUAUAUGAAUACAUGGUUAAUUUAACAUAAAAUGUCACAGGCAUUGAAAAGAUAGUAAGUCUAAUUGAAUAAUUAAAGCUUUCAGAUUUAGUGAGAUGCUUGUAUGCCUUUAGUUAGGAAAUUAAAAUCGUUGGAGAGAAACUUCAUACUCAAAUUAGUAGUGGAGAUGAGCCAGAUAUUUUGGUGUGUUUAUAUUAAUAAGUGAGCAAUUACUUAUUAAGAUUGUCAAGGGAUUGGGAAUUAUCAUCUUAAAGGAUAAAAAGCGAAAUAACUGAGCCAUAUACACAAUUUGUAUUAAAUUUUAGAUCGACAAAUCGAAAUUUGAAUGCUGAAUCAAAAAAGCUAGUGACUGAAAUAUGGGAAACCAGGAAGGAGAUGUGUAAAACCUAAGAUGAAUAUUGGAAGAUAAUGAAAUAAUUCGAAUAAAAAAGUUAGUAAACACAAGAGAUGGUAGAUUUAAUAGAGAAAGGGAGUGCAACAAGAGAAGAUUUUCAGAAAUAGUUCACAAGUUCUUUGAAAUUGUAAGAAUUAGCUGUUGAAUCAGAAAAGGAUUAUAAAAACCUAUUAACAAUUACUAAUGAGAAGUGGAAGUAAUUUCAUGAAGAAUGGGAUAAGAUCUUUGCAAAUGUAGGAUUGAAUGAAUAGAGUAGAAUAAUGUUUACAAAAUAAACUGUUGGUUCAUUAUUAAAUAUUUUACCCUCUGAUGAAUACUCAAGUUAAAUCGAAGAGAAGAUAACAGAUAUGGAAGUUAAACUGAAAGAGGAUCCAAAAGUACCUAUUCGCAAAUUGAUAGAAAAAAAGAUGGAAAAUAAAGAUAUAUUUAAAUUUUAAUUCGAAGAAUUUAUAAGUUAUGACUAGUAGAAAAAGAUGAGUAUUAAUCAAGAACAAAACAAUACUAUUUAACAGAUCCAUCAUUAAUGGCAAAUAGUAGGAGACAGAAUCUUAGAGGAUGAGAAGAAGAUUAUAGAUAAAUAUCUGGGUACAUUGUUCACAAUUGAUAUCUCUGAUAAAAGUGAGUUACUCAUAAAAGUUAAGCAAAUUUUGUAGAAAUAAGCAGGCAGAAACUAUUUUAAUAAUUAAUUGAAUUAUCUACAUUCAAAAUCAAUUGAAGAGAAAUAAGCAUCAUUUUAUUUGGCAUUGUCAAACGAGUAAUUUUAGGAAUUAAAUCAGUUGAUAAGAUUUUGGUUAAAUUACGUUGAAUUGAAUGAUCUUUAUGAAUCUGAAGACAUCUAUGAUUUAUUGCUAAAAUCGAUAAGGAUAGUACGCAAAGAUGGAAGGGAUAGAAUUAACCUUGCAUCACAAUUAUCAGAUAUAACACUCUGGAGGAAGAUAGAAAAAUGGAUAGAACUAUUUUAGUAUAUCAAUGCUAGGAAAGUGGAUGAAAAGCGGAAGUAAGUGGAGUUGUUGAACUAAUAAAACCAAAAUAAUAUAGUAUAGAAAGGAUUCAAAAUGAUAGGGUCUAUUUUUAAGAAUUUAGGGACUACUUAAUAAUCUCAAAAUGAACUUAAUGAAAGUGAAAUAUCCUAUAUGAUAAUGGAAGAAAUCAAUCUAUUUUUGACUUCGUUAAAAUUACCAUCGGAUUUAUCGACUGAAAUCAUAAUCUAAAUAGCAUUUUAGUAACCAAGUUUUGAUAAAGAGCAUAUCAAAAAGUUAUUGGAGAAACAAGAAGACCUUCAUAAUACUCAAUGGAAGAAAAUGUUUAAAUCAGGGAAAAGCAUGCUGACUCAUAAAUCUGAAAAGUAUGAUCGUAGAAAGAUGGAUGAGUAUGAAAAUAAGGUUGUUUAGGUUUUUGGUGCAACUAUGAAAUACUUGACACUUGAGGAUAACCCUUGGUAACUACUGUUGAUUAAUAGUUAAUUUAGUUUGCAUUUAAGACAUAAGAUAAAAAAGUUUUAUUUGGCUAAUGGAUAAAUCUUUUCUAGUGAGGCAACUCAUCAAUAAAGAUUAAAAUUGAUAUGGUAGGCAUUAAAAUUGAGAUCAUUGAAAAUUGAUUAUGUGGAAAUGAAAACUAAAGUCGGAUUAGAAAUGGAUAUUAAUCAAUUACAUGAAGAAACCAUUAAGUUAGAUGUUCAAAGAAGUCUGCAUCUUCAUAAAGAGAAGAUCAAUUCCUCUGUACUCUAAAGCUUAUUGAGAAUUUAUGCGUUCUAUAAUUAGGAAGUUGGAUAUUGUCAAGGCAUGAAUUAUAUAGCAGGCUAUUUAUAUUUGACCUUCUAAGAUCAAGUAACAGCAUACAAGGCCUUUGAUAGGAUGAUGAAUCUUUAUUUUAAAGAUCUGUAUAUCAAUGAUUUCUCCAAACUAAAAAUUGGGUUUUAUUAAUUCGAUCGAUUACUAUAAGUCUUUUUGCCUGAGUUGUCAUAGCAUUUAAAAGAUUAGAAGAUAGAUCCAUCAUAUUAUGUAGCCUCUUGGUUCAUAACAUUGUAUUCCAAUGUUUUUCAGUUUAGUCAACGAUCAGCACUUUUAAAUAUUAUAUGGGAUAUCUUUUUGGCAGAAGAAUGGAAAGGGUUUUUCAAGGUUACCUUUUAUCUGCUUUGGCUAUUGUAGUAAAAAAUAUUAGACUUAGAAUUCGAUGACAUUCUGCAUUACCUAGGACAACUGAUAAAAAGUGAAUUCUUUACGAUAGAUAAUGAAAUAGAAUUGAUUAAGCUCGUUUAAAAUUAUGACAAGACUGUCAAAGAGAAUGAAUCAAUUAAGACAACCAUUUUAUAGAAGUUCAGAGUUACUAAUAGAAUGUUAAGAAGCUUGGAUUCGGAAUAUCAUAGUUUUCAAAUGAAAUUGAAUAAAAAGUUGAAUUUAUGUUUGAAGAAAUGA